CGAGGGAGCGCGCCCUCGGUCGCCGCCAGCUAGACGCAGCUCUCGCGCUCGAUGCAGGUAAAUCCGCGUCCAAGACGCAGAGCACCCCGGGCAAGGCUGGCGGGGACCGCUACAUCCCCCAGCGCAGCGCCAUGCAGAUGGAGGUGGCCAACUUCCUCCUGACCAAGGAGAACGACGACUCCGAGGACACUCCCACCAAGAAGGAGCAGCAGAAGACCUGGGCAGUGAAUCUGAACGGGUUCGAUGUGGAAGAGGCAAAGAUCCUCCGCCUGAGUGGGAAGCCUCAGAAUGCCCCAGAAGGCUACCAGAAUAACCUGAAAGUGCUCUACAGCCAGAAAGCAACACCUGGCUCUAGCAGGAAGAAUGGCAGAUACAUUCCCUCCAUGCCGGACCGGAUCCUGGAUGCACCAGAGAUCCGCAACGACUACUAUCUGAACCUCAUUGACUGGAGCUCCCAGAACUUCCUGGCUGUGGCUCUGGACAACUCUGUGUACCUCUGGAAUUAUGCCUCUGGGGAGAUCAUCCAGCUGCUUCAGAUGGAGAAUCCCGAUGAUUACGUCUCUGCUGUGUCCUGGAUCAAAGAAGGAAACUACCUGGCCAUUGGCACAAGCAAUGCUGAGGUCCAGCUGUGGGACAUACAGCAGCAGAAGCGGCUUCGCAACAUGACCAGCCAUUCCUCCCGCGUAGGCUCCCUGAGCUGGAACAGCUACAUCCUCUCCAGUGGGGCGAGGACUGGGCACAUCCAUCACCAUGACGUCCGGGUGGCCGAGCACCACGUGGCCACGCUCGCCGGCCACACACAAGAGGUGUGUGGGCUCAAGUGGUCACUGGAUGGCCGGUACCUAGCCAGCGGGGGCAAUGACAACCUUGUGAACAUCUGGCCUUGCACCCAAGGUGACAGCGGGGACUUUGCUCCAGUACAGACCUUCACGCAGCACCAGGGUGCUGUCAAGGCGGUGGCCUGGUGCCCCUGGCAGUCCAACGUCCUGGCCACUGGAGGCGGCACCAGCGACCGGCACAUCCGCAUUUGGAACGUGUGCUCAGGCACCUGUCUCAACACGGUCGAUGCCCAUUCCCAGGUCUGUGCCAUCCUGUGGUCGACUAACUACAAGGAGUUCAUAUCUGGCCACGGCUUUGCCCAGAACCAGCUGGUGGUGUGGAAAUACCCUACCAUGGCCAAGGUCACGGAGCUAAAAGGCCACACAGCCAGAGUACUGAACCUAACCAUGAGCCCAGACGGCUCUAUGGUGGCGUCCGCAUCUGCAGAUGAGACGCUGCGGCUCUGGCGCUGCUUUGAGAUGGACCCUGUGAAGAAGAAGGAAAAGGAGAAGGCAGGAAGUGCCAAGAGCAGCAUCAUCCACCAAGGCAUCCGGUGAAGGUGGUGAUGCCAGCACAAGAACAGUGUACAGUGUUUUAAUGCCAAUAAAUACCUUAAUCUGCUUUUUACAGAGUGUGGAAUCAGUGACCAAGGUGUAAAGGAGUUGGGCUCCAGGCAGUAGCCAGUAAAGCCUAGGAACUAUGCCUAGAUCAUCCCCAACCACUGGUUGCCAACCUCUUGAACACCAAGUCCACAAGUCCCCUGGGAGUCUUCCCCUGCCUCUGCUUUCAAGGGGAAGUGUUUCUUGACGUUCACUCUAAGCCUACUUUGCUGCUUCAAGCCAUUGGUCUAUGCCCUCCUGCAGCGAGAGAGAGAAGGGGUUUUCAGUCCUCUGGCAGCCCUUCAAGUAUUUGAACACUUAUCAUGGCCCCUUGUCAGUGCCUUUCCCAGAAGCUGUGCGUGCCCAGCUCCCACAGCUUCUCCUUGUCUGACUCUUAAAAAAAAUGUCCACUCCACUGCAUAGUUACUUGGUCAAAGGGGGAGAUCGGGUUUGUUUUUCAUAAAU